UCAAAUUAUGAAAUAAAAUAGAAGAAAUAGAAGGAAAUUGCUAUAUUUUUGCAAGAAAUAAUACAAAGAAAUGAAACUUAAUUAAGAAAUUAUAUUAUAAAAUCUUUUAAACAAAUACUGCUGCGAAUAUUUUCGUCAUAAUAUCAAAAAAUCUAAAAUUUUGAAAUCAAAUUUUGCAGAAAAUGUUCUGCUGAAAGGUUUCAUGUCUCCUUUAUCAGCUGCAGUAGCUGAGCUGAUCUAGCGACUGGAUUUAUUGUAAUCCCUGAAUAUAAAAUAAAUCCGUAGAUAAUGGAAAGAAAUCAAAUCAUGGGGUGAAACCAUCACAUUCUAAUGCAGAGUGGAAAAUAAACCUGCAGGAUAGUAAAGAAACUUACACUCUUGGGAAAAUAAGAUAAAGUGAUAAGAAAGCUAGUAAAAAUGUGAAAAGCUCUCAGGGCAUCAGUAACAAACAAAAGUUUUUUAGGUUCCUUUAAUUCUUCCAGCUGACCUGAACCCUUGGAAGUAUGUAAGUGCGGUUAUAUUGGAGCUUUGAUGCCUCCAAUGUGCGGUCAAUGUCCCAAUAUGAACUCUAGUGUAAAUAACUCCGCCUGCAGUGAUGUAGCACGAUCCAAUGAUCUAAAUCACUCCGCUUGCGGUAAAGCCCCACGACCCAGUGAUCUAAAUAACUCCGCUGGCGGUAAAGCCCCACGAUUCAGUGAUCUAAAUAACUCCGCCUGCGGUAAAGCACCACGAUCUAACGAUCUAAAAAACUCCGCCUGCGGCGAAGUAGCUCGAUCCACUGAUCUAAUUUUUCUAAAUAGUUUGCUCAACUCGACCGAACCUGGUAGAAAGAAGGAUAUUGCAGGAAUACAGACAAGAGAGGAAAGUGGCGAUCUCCCAAUCACUCAUGAUUCUCUACGGUUAGCAGAUCAGGUUAAGACUAUAGCAGAGCAGAGGGUUUAUCUGGAUGAAGCUAAAGAACUAUUCUCUCUUCUAACCAACAAAUGGAUGCAGCUCCAGACGGCCAUAGAGGAGAGUGUAGAGUUCAUAAAUUUAAAAAUUCAACCAACUCUCACAUUGAGCCAAACCAAACCUUGUGUUUGUGUGGAAACCUCAGAUAGAUCGGGAAAGUUUUAUAUCCGUGCCUUGUACAGCUAUCAACCCAAGAAAGAUACACUUCUACCCUGUACAGAGAUAGGGUUGGCAUUCAAAUCCGGAGAUAUUUUAGAGGUUGUAUGCAGUCAAGAUCCGAGCUGGUGGCAGGCCAGGUUAGAAGGAGAAGAAACUAUAGGUUUAAUCCCUUCGUUAGACCUGGAGGAGAGAAGAAAAUGUUUUGUGGAUAAAGAUGAUCUCAAAAAAAAAUUCUCUUGUUGUGGUUCGUCGAAAAAAGAAAAGAAGAGGUUUGGUUACCAUUUCCGGAAAAAUGCCGAGGUUGACCGUGCAGAUCUUCAGCUGUAUGAAGCGGUUGAGAGAAUGCCGCCAUUUACGAGGAAAAGUCUAGUUCUGGUUGGACCCCCAGGAGUCGGUAGAAGAUCUUUAAUCAAUAAAAUAGUUAAUUCUGAUCUUAAACUGUUCGGGACUACAAAGGCUGUGACAAGUAGACCGAGGGGAGAAUACGAGACGGACGGAGACAUGUUCUGGUUCGUCUCAGAGGACGAGAUCAUGACGAGCAUAGAUAGGGACGAAUUUUUAGAGGUAACUGAGAAGGAUGGAUAUCUGUACGGUACAACUUAUCAGUCUAUUAGAACCAUCAUAUCACAGGGGAAGCUUUGCUUGAUUGAUUGCAAACCGGAGACGUUGAAGAUUCUGCAUCAGAGUUCUGAGAUAAUGCCCUUCGUUGUAUUCCUCCACGCUCCAUCAAUACAGAGUCUCAGGAACAUGGAGCAGAAUAUCUCUAACAUCAACCAUAAUGGAAACUCACAUCGAAUAAAUUCGAAUCCGUGUAUUGUUGGGACCGAGAGAAGACGACAAUUCAGACAGGAUCCAACUUCUAUAGAGAAACAAGAUGAAGAUAUGAACAGAUGUAUAGAAGAGAGCUCAAGGAUACGUGAUGAGUUCCAAAACUAUUUUGAUCUUGAGAUCGAAGUGGAGGAUUUCCAGGAAACGUAUCGGACACUACUGGACGCUGUAAAUAAAUUAUCCACUGAAUCCCAGUGGGUUCCGCUUAACUGGGUUUAUUCGUGAUAACUUUGUUUAUUCUUCAGUGUACUCCCUUAACAUAUGAAUAGUACAUGUACUCUCUCAAUAUGUUAGUACAUAUAUUCUUAACAUCUGGAUAGUUGAUGUACUCUUUCGGUACAGGGUGUCCCAAAGAAACAUGGGAAUUCAGUGACGAAUUCGAUGUCGUCUUUUUAAAAAAUUCUUUGAUUUA